GACAAAUCAGGUAACAAAUGAAUCCAAAUUUCUGCGGCCCUAAAACCACCGCUGCAACUACCAAAACCCUAAAACCUAAUCCGAAAACCCUAAACCUAACUCCAGAUUUCGCUCCGCUCCAAUUGUUGUCGACGAAGCCUACCCGAUCUGGUGGACUCCACAAUAACGGCGGCGAGUGUCUACAGGGUAUUUCUGCAGAGUGCAGAAUAAGAAAUGGAGCAGAGAUUGGCUAAUACGUGGCGGAUGACCGUGAAUGAGAAGAAAUUUAUAGAGACUGCAUUACUUUCAGACCUUAGAGUUGAUGGUCGUCGUCCAUUUGACUUUAGACGGAUAAUUAUCAAGUUUGGUAGAGAAGAUGGCUCAUCAGAGGUGCAGCUUGGACAGACUCAUGUCAUGGGUUUUGUUACUUCCCAGCUAGUUCAACCUUACCGAGACAGGCCAAAUGAAGGAUCACUUUCAAUCUAUACUGAGUUUUCUCCAAUGGCUGAUCCUUCAUUUGAAGCAGGACGUCCUGGAGAAUCUGCUGUGGAGUUGGGACGCGUAAUUGACCGUGGUUUAAGGGAAAGCAGGGCAGUAGACACGGAAUCACUUUGUGUUGUAGCUGGGAAGUUAGUAUGGUCAAUUCGUAUUGAUCUCCAUAUUAUUGACAAUGGGGGAAAUCUUGUUGAUGCUGCCAAUAUUGCUGCUUUGGCUGCUCUUUUGACAUUCCGGAGGCCUGAAUGUACACUAGGUGGAGAAGAUGGUCAGGAAGUGAUAGUACAUCCACAUGAGGUUAGGGAGCCGCUUCCUUUGAUAAUACAUCAUCUCCCUAUUGCAGUCACUUUUGCAUUUAUCAGUGAUGAGAACAUUGUGGUGAUAGAUCCAACGCACUUUGAAGAGGCUAUCAUGGGGGGGAGAAUGACUGCUACGCUUAAUUCAAAUGGUGAAGUUUGUGCUAUUCAGAAAGCUGGAGGAGCAGGUGUCAUGCAGAGUGUUAUUAUGCAGUGUUUGCGAAUUGCUUCAGUAAAGGCUGCUGAUAUAACAAGCAAGAUAAAAAAUGCUGUGGAAUCCUUCAACACUGAAAGGGCACUUCGGAAGAUCAAACGUCACUCCUCUGCCUUUUUGGGUGUUAGUGAACCAGGUGCUAAAUUACGUCAGACCGAAAGCCAAUCUAUUGAUCAGAAGGGAGUCAGCGAUCUGCCAAGGCAUCAUAUGGAGAGAUUAAAGUUAAUAUCAGAGGAACAUGGUGUCAGUCAGAGCAAUGAUAUGGAAGUUGAAACCCAGUCAUCUAAACAAGAUAGAACUAACAGAAGAGAUGGUGAUGCUACGAGUUUCAUUGGUGGGCCCUCAAGCUGGGACCCAUACUCGAAGGGCGUCAAUUAUGAUGUAUUGAAAGCUUCUCUUGCGGCACGUGGAGCAUUAACACCCAAUAAGAAGGUGGAAGAAUCAAGACUUAACAAACUCUGUGAAACUGAAGCAGAUCAACCUUCUGCGGAUAUUGCUCCAGUUCCAUCGCAAAACGAGGCAGCUGGAAUUGAAAUGCAAACAACUGGGCAAAAGAGUUUGAAAGAUGCCGUGAAGCCUAAGCACAAGAGAAAAAAGAGGGCAUCCUCCAACAUUGAUGCAAGUUAGCUCAUUUUUGCCAGCAAUUAUAUCUUCGCAAGUCAUGUACCAGUGCCUACUUAUUGAAGCUUUUCUUUUGGUUUGGCCUGAAGUUGCACCAAGAGAUCAUUCUAGGAGAAUUCUGAAACUGAAACCAAGAAGAGGAAACAGUUGAAUGCUACUUGCCCUACUGCAUGGUUUUGGCUCGACUGAACUUUUAACUUUGUGUUCUGGAAUCAUCUGAUGGCAAAGUGGAUAAAAGUCCGCUUACAGCAAAAAGGUGCCUUAAAGUUACUCUCUUUAUUGUUCCGUUUUGAACUAGAUCUAGGAUUUCUUUCCUGCAUGGUAAGAUUGUUCCCAAUCUUGAUUAUAGUUCGAUCUAUUGUAGUGCUGUAACUUCCAAAUGUAAGUUGAACUAAUAUUUGCAAGAGGAGAAUGUUUCGCCAGAAAAGUAACUUGGUUAAAUUAUUGACAUCCUUCAUAAUUAAUCCCGCCAUAUUUAUUGUUGACA